AUGGCUUUUUAUCGCACAAACCUUCCAACUCAAGCACUAUUUUGUCUUGUUUCAGUCAUUUUUCUCUUGUUAUCAACAAAUCUAAACUCAAUACAAGCACUGUCCUUCAAUUUCCCCAAGCUCAUCCCCGGUGAUUCUCGCAUCACUCUCCAAGGGGAUGCCGAGAUUUUAUCCAGCGGUGUCUUAGCACUCACCAAAAGCUCAUCACUUCCUCAAGGUACAUUCACUCCAACAACAGGUCGUGCCUUAUAUACAACACCCGUGACUCUUUGGGACAACGCUACCGGCGAACUUGUCAGCUUCGCCACUUCCUUUUCUUUCGUCAUGGAGACCUCGGGAGGUCCUAUAACUGAUGGAUUGAUCUUUUUCAUUACACCACCAGACACCGUGAUUCCCAUCAACUCCACCACACCAUUUCUUGGAGUAGUUGAUAGCCAAACUUCAAUCAAUCGGUUUGUUGGUGUAGAGUUUGAUCUCUUUCGCAAUUCUUGGGACCCCGCAGGGAGACAUAUUGGAAUUGACAUCAACUCUAUAAUUUCGACCAAGACUGUGAGACUGAGAUGGAGGUGGGUGAAUGGCUCAUUGACUAAAGUAACUAUAAUCUAUGAUUCUUCUUCUAACACGUUGAGUGCUCUUGUCACUUAUGAGAGUGGUAGAAUUUCCACCAUUUCUCAAGUCGUUGAUUUGAAAACUGUGCUCCCAAACACCGUUCAGAUUGGUCUAUCUGCUGCUACAUUAACUAAUCAAUCCUACAACAUCCAUUCAUGGUCAUUCACAUCAAACUACAUAACAAGAACAAGAAGGGUCUCAGACAUAUGA